AUGGUUGUGUUCACCUACGACCCGGACAACAAUCUGACAUUCGAAUCCUGGUACAAACGCUACCAAACAAUUUUCACAACAGAGGUAAGUGACUGGCCUACGGCUGCAAAAAUUCGACUAUUGCUACAAAAAUUCUUACAAGCCGACUAUCAGCGUUUCGCUGACUCAGUUUUACCUCAAGAGCCAACACAACUCACGCUCGAUGACGCCGUUGAGAAACUGAAACGAAUGUUCGGCUACCGCGAGACUAAAUUUGCAAUGCGACACAAAUGUUUGAGCUUAAAAAAAGAAGACACCGAAGAUUUUACAACAUUCGCUGCUCGCAUUAACAAGCAUGGCGAAAAUGGUUUAAAAAAUCCGCAAGACUCGCUAAUUCUUGAGAAACUGCUCGCAAAAAUCGACGCCACCAGUGUCAAGCUCGAAGCGGCUACCGACGACGCGGGCUGCGCAGCAAUUCCGAAGCUCACACUUCAGGAUCUCGUCAACGAAGCUGAACGCCUCACCAGCCUGAAACAAGAUAAGUCAAUAGUCGGUGGAACAAUUACAACACCUGGCUCCACGGAGGUCAACGCCGUUCACAAACGCAACAACUAUAGCCGCAAAUCACGGGACGGCAGGAAGUCGCCAACUUUCGGCAACCGCAGCCUUGAUGGCUCAGGAUCUCCCAGCAAUAAGAACGCAUCACAACCACAUUCGCCUUGCCGUUACUGCGGAGAAAAUCAUUGGGAGCGAGAAUGCGAAUAUCGUGACAAGAAAUGUACAACUUGCUCAGUUAUUGGUCACAAGGCCGGAUUUUGCGUUUCAGCCUUCGAAGCUGUCGUCCGUCGCUCAAGAUUUGAUCGCAAACAGCGCCGAACUUCAGACUCCGGCCUGAAGAACAACAUUAACCAAAUUAUGAAAGGAUCUAACGCCAGCCAACGCAAGUUUGUCUCACCAAACAUCAACGGAGCACGUGUCCGCCUCCAGAUAGAUUCAGCGUCGGACAUCACCAUCAUUUCCAAAGACAACUGGGAGAGACUCGGGAAGCCCACACUCAAGCCCUGCACAAUCCAACCCGGAAGCGCAUCCGGACAUUCAAUCCGCCUCUGGGGAUCUUUCCAGUGCACCAUGAGUUUCAUUGAUAAAACGAAAACCGGAACAUGCUACGUUUCAACACGCCUCAAUUUACUCGGCAUCGACUGGAUCGAGCAACUCGGACUGUGGAACGUCCCACUUGCCUCAGUCUGUAAUGCUAUAACUAUAGACUCAUCUGCCGACGACAUCACAAGCAAGGCUAAGUCAAAAUUCCCACAACUUUUUGCUGACGAACUCGGGCUAUGUACGAAAACAAAGGUUUCACUCACACUCAAACCGGGCAUACAAAAGAUUUUCCGCAAACAACGACCAGUUCCAUUUGCAGCAACAACCGCUAUUGAAGAGGAAAUUAAACGUCAACAGCACCUCGGGGUUUACAAGUCAGUCACGUUCUCAGAAUUCGCAGCACCCAUCGUCGUAGUCAAGAAAAAGAAUGGCAAAACGCGCAUUUGCGGCGACUAUUCCACCGGCCUUAACGACGCACUCGAACCAAACAAAUUUCCGCUACCAACACCGGAUCAAAUUUUCACCGGCCUCGCCGGAAAUUGUGUUUUCUCCAAAAUCGAUCUUUCGGAUGCUUUCCUCCAACUCGAGCUCGAUGACGCAAAGAAGCUGCUCACAAUCAACAUACACUUGGGACUCUUCCAGGUCACCCGCAUGCAGCCCGGAGUCAAGAUAGCACCAGGCAUUUUCCAAGAACUCAUGACAACGAUGCUUGCAGGACUCAACGGCGCCUUUGCAUUCAUCGACGACAUUACCAUCAGCGGAAUUAACAAAAGCGAACAUGACAAGCUCCUUUUCGACGUCCUCGAACGCAUCCAAGACUACGGGUUCAAACUUCGAAUCGAAAAAUGCGAGUUUGCUCGACCAAGUAUCCUUUUCUGCGGACACAUUAUCGACGCGCAAGGUGUCAAGCCAGAUCCCGAGAAGAUACAAGCCAUUCAAACCAUUCCAGCACCGCGUGAUAUCCACCAGCUCCGUUCGUUCCUCGGGGCAGCCAACUAUUAUGGAAAAUUUGUUAAAAACAUUAAAGAUCUUCGUGGGCCCCUCGACGAGCUCACUCUCAAAGGCGCCAAAUUCGAGUGGCAACAAAAGCAUCAGGAUGCCUUCGACAAACUCAAGGAAAUUCUAGCAUCGGAUCUAGUCCUCACUCAUUACGAUCCUGCCAAAAAAAUCGUGGUCACAGCCGACGCUUCAUGCUACGGCAAAGCAGGAGCCAUUUUGCACGAAUUUUCAGACAGAACACUACAUCCAAUCAUGUACGUCUCAUCAACUUUCACAGCAGCCGAAAAGAACUACUCGCAGAUUCAGCGGGAAGCCACCGCGCUCGUGUUCGCUGUUAAACGCUUUUACAAUCUGUGCUCCCCGCUUUACACUGCAAGCCGCCUCCAACGUUAUGCUCUGACCUUACUCGCUUACGACUUCGACAUUAAAUACGUCAAUACCGGAAGCUUUGGAUACGCCGACAUUGUUUCCCGCCUCAUUGCCAAACAUCCACGAGAAAACGAAGAUACCGUCAUCGCAGCAAUUCAAGAGGGAGAGGAGGAAGAACAGUGCUUUGCAAUUGAUGCCGCAAAAUCACUUCCGUUCAAAUUCACUGAUAUCCAGGAGGCCACACAGCGUUGCGUAACACUCAAGAAGGUCAUCGAAUUCACCAACACCUUAUGGGCACAGAAACGCAACCAGAUCCGGGAUCCCGAAGUCGCUGCUUUCUUCGAUCAACGCGAAGGAUUAAUUGUCAGCCAGAAUUAUCUUUUACAGGGCGAUCGUGUCGUUGUUCCAUCUCAGUUCCGUAAGCAGAUCCUUGAGGAGCUCCACUUUGGUCACCCGGGCUGCACCCGUAUGAAGCUCCUUGCUCGCAGCAAAGUCUUCUGGCCCGGAAUCACUGCUGACAUUGAGCGAACCGUCAAAAUGUGCGAAGCUUGCGCGACAAAUGCUAGGACGCCCAUCAAAUGCUCGCUACAACCAUGGCCAAUUCCAACGAAGCCAUGGUCUCGCAUCCAUGCCGACUACGCGGGUCCCGUCAAUGGCGCUUAUUAUCUAGUCAUCGUUGAUGCCUUCAGCAACUGGCCAGAGGUCUUCAAAUCCGCCUCAAUGACAUCUGUCAAGACUAUCAAAAUGUUCAGAGAGACAUUCGCUCGGCACGGCCUCUGCGAUACGCUCGUCACAGACAACGGACCUCAGUUUACCGCGCAGGAAUUCAAAACUUUCUGUGAACAAUCAGGCGUUGAACAUAUCCUAACAGCGCCUUACCACCCUCAGUCAAAUGGUAGGGCUGAGCGUUUCGUCGACAUCCUCAAGACUGGACUAGAAAAGGCAACCGGGAACGCUGACCAGAAGCUUCGAGAGUUCCUCACUACCUACCGUUUCACACCGUCUUACAAGCUCGGCAAUAAGUCCCCGUCCGAGUUAUUGAAUGGCCGCACCAUGAAGACUCGCCUCGACUUGCUUCACCCUCAAGAGCAACCGUCCUCUCAGCGUGACACAAUACUGGCCCGUCAGUUUGACCGAGCUCACGGAGCGCGCUGGAAGGAAUUCGUAAUCGGUGCAAGUAUCUACUACCAGCUACACAAAACCAACACAGAUUGGCAAUGGACGCCAGCGAUAAUUGUCAACCGUCUAGGCACCGUCAACUAUACGAUCAAACUUGGAGACGGACGAGUCAUCAAAAAGGUACAUGCAAAUCAGCUCAAAUUGCGUCACACACCAAACGAAAUCAUUGACGCAUUUGGCCUCAAUGACAUCUUAGACACCGACAUCGAGCCAAUUACACAGGCCCACAAAAAAAAAAAUUUUUUGUGCUGGGAUCCAGACCAUACCAAUCAGACGUAUUUUGAGCUGCUAAACACGAAUCUGCAGUCAAAAAUGGGGGUUGCUGGGUGA